GGAAACGGACCCAUUUGUUUGCCGUACCGCCUGACGCCAUUUUCAAAACGGCUAAGCUUUAUUGCGCAGAGCAGAGUUGUUCAUCAGACAAGUUUCAAUAAAGAGACGGAUCGUUUGAAUUAUUCAAGAGAUCAGACUAUCAAACAGAUGAUGGAGCUACCGAACUACAGCAGCCAGCUGAUGCAGCAGCUGUGGACCCUGAGGAAGGAGGGCCACUACUGUGACUGUACCAUCCUGGUGGGAGACAGCCCACACCGCGCACAUAAACUGGUACUGGCCGCCUCCAGCAUGCUCUUCAGGUCUCUCCUGGACGGCUCUGACACCAUCUCCAUCGACACAGACAUGGUCUCCUCACAGGAGUUUGGCUGUCUGCUGGACAUGGUCUACACCGGUAAGCUGCCUCUUGGCAAACACAACGUCAGCCGCAUCGUUGCCGCUGCAGACAGCCUGCAGAUGUUUGACGUGGCUGUCGGCUUCAAAAAUGUCCUCACUAGUCUGGUGAACCAGCAGCCCCCGGGCCCAGUCCCUUCUACACAGACACAGAGCCACACCACAGCCAACAGAGUCCAGAGCACCAACCUUGAAGGUUCAGCUCCACCCAACAAGGACGACUUGACUUCAAAAAAGAUGGAGCUUAAGGCUGAGCCCAAGCAGAGAGACCGGCGGAGUGAGAGUGAAGAAUCAAAGGAACCAGCAAGUAAAAGAGCCUGUGUGGCGCUCUUGGAGUCCUCAGCGACCGAAGAAGCUAAAUCCUCAGGAAGAGUAGUGAAAGAAAACAACACAAUGGCAGCAAAGACAUCGAAAGGGCAAGACGCUGGUUUCCUGGAACAUUUCUCUGAGUUUGUGGAGCUCCUCACCAACAUGUCGUCUGUCCUGGAGGAGCUGGGCCAGGCAGCACAGACAAGCCUGGACCAACAGGAGAGAGAGGUUGUGUGUCAGUGCUGUGAAGAGGCAGAUCCCAGCUCAGUGUUGGAGAAGCUGAUGAGCAGAGUGAAGGAGGGGCAGCUCAGUGAGGGAGCGCUCUUUAUGCUCCUCCAGACUGUAAAACGGAAAGCCCAUUCCUCCGUCCCCAAACCACUGCCGCCUCAGGUGAAAGAGGUGGAGAGCAAUGCCCAGGAGCCAGAAGAACACCAGACUGGAGUUGACUCAGAAAAGCAGACUGGCAUCAAAAGUGAAGAAAAGCAGGAGGAAAAGGGACAGGAAGAGAACUGUAAAGAGGAGACUGAAGAGGAGGAGAAAUCCUUGAAUGCUACGACAGACAUUUCUUCCCCUCCUGCCUCCUCCUCCUCCUCCUCCUCCCCCUCUAACCCCUACUCCUGUUCCUGGUGUAAGAGAGGUUUUGCCUACAAGUGUCGAAUGCUGGCUCAUGUGAAGCGCUGCUCUAUGUCCCAGGAGUGUGAGCAGCAGUGCCCACAGUGCCCAGAGAAGCUGGCCAACCAGCGGGCCCUGCAGCGGCAUCGGGCCAAGGCUCACCGCAACACGGCACGCGUGAAGAAGAAGGUGGCCUGUGACCUCUGUGGGAGAACCUUCGCCCACCCGUCAGGCAUGAUUUACCACAAGCGCACUCAGCACUUUGAAGCGAAACCGUUUGCUUGUGGGGACUGCGGCGCAAAGUUCGGCGCCAACUCUUCUCUAAAGAAUCACAUGAGGCUGCACACAGGAGAGAAACCCUACCACUGCAAACACUGUGGCAUGAGCUUCAGUGUAGCUGCUGCACUCGCAUACCACACCAAGAAGAAACACUCAGAGGGAAAGAUGUACGUUUGUCAGUAUUGUAAGGCCGUCUUCGCUCAGUCCAUUGAACUGACGCGACAUGUACGAACACACACUGGAGAUCGGCCUUAUGUGUGCCGUGAAUGUGGCAAAGGUUACAGCCAGGCCAGCGGCCUCACCGUCCACCUGCACACCUUCCACAAUUUGGAAGAACCUCAUGACUGUCAAAAGUGCUGCCUCAGCUUCUCCUCAUUGGAGGAGCAUCGCCAGCACAUCCAGGAGGUCCACCCAAAGGAGUUCCACAAAUGUCCCACCUGUAACAAGGUGUUCACCAGCGCCGCCCUGCUGGAAAAACACAAAGUCACACACACUGGAACCAAGCCCUUCAGCUGUGACCUGUGCAAUAAGUCUUACCAGCAACUGUCAGGCCUGUGGUACCAUAACAGGACCAACCACCCCGAUGUGUUUGCUAACCAUACCCGGCAGCUCAAGACCCUGGUCCAGUGUGAUGUCUGCUUCAAGUUCUUCCCCAGCGCUGCUAGCAUGGCUAAACAUCAGGCUGCUGAGCACACAGGUUCAGCCACCGUGGGGACACAGUGUCCGUACUGCCCGGCCGUGCUGAGCGGAGAGGAGGAGGUGCAGGAGCACAUCAGCAGUCAGCACGCCAGCCAGUGCAGCGAGGUGUUCAACUGCCCCCUCUGCUCACUGGUCUGCUCCUCCCACCUGGAGCUGCAGGAGCACCUGCUCUCCUGCCACAUAGAAACACAGGAGGAGCAGGAGGCCAGCGAGGAGCAGGCCUCCACCUCCAACACAGUGAUUGUAACAGAUCCAAACGACAAUAAAGGGGAAGAGUCUGAGAUCUGUGAGGAGCAGUCCCAGCUGGCAGCAGCCCAGCAGGUGUUUGUGGCUCUGGCAGGAGGAAGAGAAGGUGGAUCAUCAGCGGAGGUGGUGGAGGUCAACAUGUACGACCUCCUCAACAGCUCAGUCACCUUCAUCUGUGAGGACAAACCAUCCAGUCCCAGCUCUUAACCAUGGACCCCUGCAGAGUAUUCUGGACCUUGAGCAGUUUUCUGUUUUAUUGUCUCUUCUGAUUUUUAACACAACUACAGAACAGGCUGAACUUGCAUAAUUCACAAUCUGAUGACUCUGUGUCAUGUGGGUUCAUUUUUAGUCCACCAUAAUUUCUGUAGAGUUUUUUGCAAUUUUAAUUCAAUUAGGUGAAUGUCUGGCUGUAAGUGGAGAGUGAAAGUUGUUGACCUGAAACCUGAAAAGGUUUUGUGAAGUUUUUAAUUGACACUCCGCUAAUACCAUUCACUGAUUAAGACUGUGAGAUGAAAUUAAAAGUGUUCAUUGAAGGA